AUGAUUCCAUUCCCCCUUUUCCACACGGGCCACACUAGAAUGACAGACACUCCCUCACGGGUGUCCAUGUCGAAAGUGAUCCCCAAGGACGACUCUGGCAAGGUGAUCGAGAUGGCGGGCAGCAGCGGCGGACGCAGCGGCACCAACCUGGCCAACAAGAACGACGAAAGCCAAGUGAUGCCCCUCCCGUCCCCGAAAUCCCCCAACAGCAACAUGAACGGGGGUGGUAGCGCUCCAGCGUCGCCGAUUCGAAGAACCCGACUGCAUAUCAUGGGCGCGAGUAUGCAGGACCUCAAGCUCAACUUCUUCCGUCCACGCACCAGCAGGAACAACGGGGCCCCCAGUCGCCAGGAGGACAUUGGCAUCUCGUUCGUGUCGCUGCAGUUCUCCAACGCGGACAUGGAGCAGCGGUUCACCCUGGCGCGCUGUGUCAAGUACCAGACGCGGCUCAAGUUCGGCUCGGGCUUCACGGCCUUCUUCAUCCCGUUGCUGGUGAUCAUGCAGGUGAGCUUCAAGACAAACGAAGAGGACGGCGAAAAGUGGACGCAACUGCCGCUCGUCAUGGUGUUCCCGGGUAUCGUCACGCUCAUGGGGCUGCUGGUGGUCUUCUUCCAGCGGUUCUUCAUGACGCACAUGCAGUGGUUGACUCUGGUCUGCCUCAUCGGCCAGAUCAGCGCGUUGCUGGACACCACCGCGGCCGGUACAAUGGUGAGCGAACGCAACAUUUGGGUGCAGUUCAUCUUCUCGCUGGGCAUUACCAGUUCAACGGGGCUGACCUUCCUCAAGUCGACGACUGUGCUGGUGUGCUCGAGUAUCUUCUUCCUGAUCCUGGCCUGGGUCAAGUUUGCGACUAAAACGACUACGGAACAGCUCAGUGCACCGGGUACAGUCACCGCCGCCAUUAUCCUCUACUCGAUCUUGCUCGCCUUCCUGUCGUGGAACUGGGAGUACGAAGAGCGUCGCGACUUCGUGCUGACGGAGCGUCUCGCCCAGGAGAACGUCAUGGUGCAGAUGACGAUGGAGAUGACGGGAUGGUUCAGUGGCGGCGCGGCGGACCAGAGCCCCGGUAAUGGAGCCGAUGCCGGUGGGAUUCUAAGUGCCAACUGUCACAUUGACCCCAAGGACGUGCUGGUCAAGGAGGAGCUGGGAGAAGGAACCUUCGGCUGCGUGUACGCAGCGACGUGGAAGGAGACGCGAGUGGCUGUCAAGAAGAUCACGCUGCAGGGCGACACCAAGUCGAUCGUGACGAGUUUCGGCUCCGAGGCGAGUGUCAUGGCGCAACUGCGUCAUCCGAACGUCGUCAUGUUCAUGGGCGUCAUGGUGCACCCGGAGUUCGUGGGGCUUGUGAUGGAGCUCUGUCCCAAGGGCAGCGUCUACACUGUUAUCCACAACGAAGACGUCAAGAUCGACUGGUCUCUGCUGCUGCGCAUGAUGGUGGACUCCAGCCGUGGAAUGCACUUCCUGCACUCGAGCAAGCCUCCGAUUCUCCACCGCGACCUGAAGAGUGUCAACCUGCUGAUUGAUGCCGACUGGCGCUGCAAGGUCUCGGACUUCGGUCUCUCCAAGCUCAAGGCUUUCCGUGAAGACCAGAACGAGUCCGGAGUGGCUGCCAGCGUCAAUUCCGAUGCCAAGAACGUCCCUCGCGUCUUCAUCGGCUCCAGCGUCUGGAUUGCGCCCGAGGUGUUCAAGGGCGAGGAGCACACGGAGAAGGCGGACGUCUACAGCUUCGGCGUGAUUCUCUUCGAGGCGCUCAGCAGCUCCGUUCCCUACAAUUCCAUCUCGGUGGACGCCGUUCCGUUCGUGGUGCAGGCUGGAAAACGCCCCACAGAUUUUCAGGCGCUGGAGCUUCCUCCUGGAGACGCUAUGCAGGACCUGUACAGCCUCAUGACGCGCUGCUGGAGCGCUGAGAUCUACGCGCGACCGUCCUUCUCGAUCAUUAUCUCGACGCUGCAGUCCAUUCUCACCAAGCACUGCGGCGACGAGAAGUGGGAGGACCACAUCAUCUACCCGGACCGGAAGAUCGUCAACCCUUCGAACGCACCCGCAGACGACGAUGGUCUGUCCAUCCGUGAGGAGGAUUUGAUCGUGGAUGCCGCUAUCGGGCGAGGUGUCUUCGGUGUGGUAUACAAGGGCAGCUACUUCGGCACCCCAGUUGCUAUCAAGAAGCUGCAUGUGAGCGGAGUCCCUAAGAACACUCUGGUCGAGUUCGAGAAGGAGUGCAGCAUCAUGAAGGGCCUUCACCACCCCAACAUCGUGCUGUUCAUGGGUUCUUGCUCUAAACCGCCGACUCUGUUGCUGGUGACGGAGCUGCUGGCCAACGGCAGCUUCUUCGACAUUUACCACAAGAUGCCGCGUCCAGAUCCUGCUCGCCAGCUGCGUCUAGCUUACAGCGUGGCGUUCGACAUGGCCAAGGGUCUGGCAUACCUCCACAACCACAAUCCGAUCGUCAUCCACAGAGACCUCAAGUCUCAGAACAUUCUGCUGGACGACAGGAUGCGCACCAAGAUCGGCGACUUUGGUCUGUCCAAGUUCCGAGACGUUGGCAAGACCAUGUCCAUCUGCGGUAGCCCCCUCUGGGUGGCUCCGGAAGUGCUGCGUGGUGAGAAGUAUGGUACCCCGUGCGACGUCUACAGUUUCUCAAUCAUCGUGUGGGAGGCGCUGGCCUGGGGUGAGCCGUACCCGGAUCUGGGCUCAAGUGACAUCAUGAAUGGUGUUGCGGGUGGAAACUUGCGCCCGACUGUUCCUGACGGCACGCCGACCGGGCUCGCUCGUCUGCUAGAAGAGUGCUGGACCAAGAAGCAGGACCAGCGCCCGACGUUCAACGAGCUCGUGCCAAGACUCGAGGCCAUGAGCAAGGAUUUUGCAGCCUAG